AUGUCUGGAAGACGUCGUCGUUCGAACAUAGGUUGUAGUACAGUGAAUGCCAGAAGAGUACGUUCAGUAAGAGAUGAAGAAUCGUCAACGGAACGUGAGGCUCGCCUCAGUCAGGCUCGGGAUAGAAAUAGAGUUGAGAGAGAGAGAGAAUCUUCAGUAGAGCGUGAGGUUCGUCUCAGUCAGGCUCGGGAUAGAUAUAGAGCUGAGAUAGAGAGAGAAUCUUCAGUAGAGCGUGAGGUUCGCCGUAGUCAGGCUCGGGAUAGAUAUAGAGCUGAGAGGGAGAGAGAAUCUUCAGUAGAGCGUGAGGUUCGCCGCAGCCGAGAUAGGGAUAGACAUCGAAUACAGAGAGCCAGAGAAUCAUCAGCACGAGUUAGUAAUUCAUGGGUAAAUAAAGAAAAUUCUGCCAUGAAUUACGAUCCUUCGAUUUCUUACAAGGACGAUCGUAUAGUAUCAAUAGGUACUAUGUCAGUAGUGUGUGAACAUUGCUUGGCAUUAAAAUUCAAGGACGAAUCGAAAGGCAUGUGUUGCUUACAAGGAAAAGUCAAAUUAGAAGAAAUUCUCCCUCCGCCUGAACCACUUCACUCUCUUCUUACGGGUGAUCAUCAGAAAUCCAAACAAUUCAUGCGCAAUAUACGCCGUUAUAAUAACGCAUUUCAAAUGACCUCUUUUAAGAGUAAGCAAGUCGUUGAGCGUGGGUUCAUGCCUACAUUUAAAAUUCAAGGGCAAGUGUACCACUUAGCUGGGAGCUUGCUACCACUUCGACCCGAUGAUCACAAAUUUCUGCAAAUAUAUUUUAUUGCAGAUCCAGAUACACAAGCAUCUACGCGGUGUUCAAGUGUUGCACAGCCAAUUGAUAGAGAUUUGAUUAGAUCUCUCCAAGAUAUGUUACAUUCUCAUAAUUGCUAUAUACAGUCUUUCAAAACUGCGAUUGAAAGUGUUCCAGCAAAUACUCCUGACUUUAAUGUUGUAAUCCAUGCAAAUAAAGUUCCUGUUGGAGAACACAGAGGACGAUACAAUGCGCCUUCCACGAGUGAAGUAGCAGUGGUGAUAGCUGGACAGCAAUUUGACAAAAGAGAUAUUGUAUUGCAUAGUCGUGAUGAUAAUUUGCAAAAAAUUUCAGAGUUACACAGAUCUUAUGACAGCUUACAAUAUCCUUUGAUGCUAUGUCGUGGAGAAGAUGGUUAUGCCAUUAAUGUUUCUCAAGUUGACCCAAUCAGUGGUAUACCUCUGCGUAAAACAGUGUCAUGUAUGAACUACUAUUGCUACCGUAUAAUGACAAGACGUAACAAUUUCAACACUUUGCUUAGGUAUGGAAUGUUAACAAACCAAUACUUGGUAGAUCAAUAUGCGAAAAUUGAAUCUGAGAGAUUGGCCUACAUCCGUAAUAAUCAAACUAAAUUGAGAGCCGAAAAUUACGUUCAUCUUCAGGAUGCUUUACAGGCGAAUGAACACCAAAACGGCAUUGGGCAGUUGGUUAUACUACCUUCAUCAUUCACAGGUGGACCUCGAUAUUUACACGAAAAAUCGCAAGACGCCAUGACUUACGUCAGAAAUUACGGCAAACCUGAUUUAUUUAUAACUGCAACAUGUAACCCAAAUUGGUCGGAAAUCAAAGAAAAUAUUAACACCAAUUUAACGCCACAAGACAGAUACGAUAUAGUUAACAGAGUCUUCCAUUUAAAAGUACAGAAACUCCUGCACCUCAUUAACAAGUCUCAUAUAUUCGGUCCACCGCGCUGUCAUAUGUACACAAUAGAAUGGCAGAAACGUGGCUUGCCACAUGUACACCUGCUGGUGUGGUUAGUAAACAAAAUUAGACCAAACCAAAUUGACAGGGUUAUUUCAGCUGAAUUACCGGAUAAAGAUGAAGAUCCUAACCUGUACGAAAUCGUAAAGAAACAUAUGGUACACGGCCCUUGCGGGACUUUAAACCCGAAUUCUCCAUGUAUGCGAGAUUCUCGAUGCAACAAAAAAUUUCCGAAGUCGUUCCAAACUCAAACAAUUACUAGCGAUGACGGAUAUCCCAAAUAUCGUCGACGAUCGCCAGAACAGGGCGGGCAAAAUGCCACCGUCCGAAACCAUGAUAUUGAUAACCGAUGGAUCGUUCCCUAUAAUCCACUCCUUUUGAAAAUUUUUGAUGCCCACAUCAACGUAGAGUUGUGCAAUUCAAUAAAGUCAAUACAAUAUGUUACUAAGUACAUUAAUAAAGGCAGUGAUCAAGCCACUUUCAGCAUACAAUCACCAAAUGAAGUGGAAAAGUAUCAGUCUGGACGUUACAUCUGCAGCUCUGAAGCUGUAUGGAGGAUUUUAUCAUUCGAAGUGCACGACCGGGCUCCCACAGUUGUCCACCUUGCAGUUCAUUUAGAAAAUGGACAAAGAGUAUAUUUCACUGAGAACAAUAUACAAGAAGUUGUUAAUAACCCGCAGGAUACAACAUUGACAGCAUUCUUCAAAUUAUGUGCUCAAGAUGAUUUCGCGAAAACUCUGACAUAUGACAGAGUUCCAAGUUACUAUACAUGGAACCAGAGUUCUAAAACUUUUCAACGGCGAAAACAAGGUACUGCGGUUGAUGGUUUUCCGGAAGUAAAAAAAACGGAUGCUCUUGGCAGAGUCUACGUGAUUCAUCCCAACAACAGCGAAUGCUUUUAUCUGAGAAUGUUACUGCAUAUUGUAAAAGGCCCGACAUCCUUUGCACACCUAAGAACUGUACAAGGUGUUGUUUACAAUACUUAUCAAGCAACAUGCAAAGCUAUGGGGCUCUUGGAAGACGAUUCUCACUGGGAAAACACAUUAUCAGAAGCAGCUGUAUGUAGUUCAGCUACAUCAUUAAGAUAUUUAUUUGCCAUCAUAGUAGCGUUUUGUCAAGUAACUGAUUCUGUUACUCUAUGGAAUAAAUUUCAAGAAAAUAUGGCCAGUGAUAUUCUGAUUCGGCGACGGCGAGAGUUAAACUCAGAUGAUCCACAAUAUGAUCAAAACAUAUUUGACGAAGCAUUAUUUGAAUUGAACAAAGUAGUGCAAUUACUUUCGGGUAAAUCGAUCAAGGAUUUUGGGCUGCCGAUGCCAGCUAAUACUACUAACUCAGACUUAACUAACAGUGCCGAAUACAGAAGAGAAACAUCAUACGAUCAAACGAGACUUUUACAAAAUAUAGCUCAAGAUGAGCCACGAUUAAACAUCGACCAGAAAAAAGUAUUCACUGCAUUACUAGCAACAAUUGAUAACAAUGAAGGGAAAUUGUUUUUCCUUGAUGCUCCAGGAGGUACAGGAAAAACAUUUUUAAUCAACCUGCUUUUAAAAAAAGUGAGAUCUACCGGAAAAAUUGCGUUAGCUGUUGCGUCAUCCGGCAUUGCCGCUACGCUUUUGGAAGGAGGCCGAACCGCACACUCUACAUUCAAGCUCCCGCUGAAAAUCGCCACCGAUGAUAAUAACAGCGUCUGUAGUGUUUCUAAACAGAGCAAUACAGGAAAAUUGAUGCGUGACUGCUCAUUAAUAGUCUGGGACGAAGCUACCAUGUCAAACAAGACGUCUAUAGAAGCAUUGGAUAGGACAAUGCGCGAUUUGCGCAACAAAAUUUCGCCUAUGGGAGGAUGUACAAUUCUGUUCUCAGGAGAUUUCCGUCAAAUUCUACCAGUUGUGACUCGAGGAACACGUGCUGACGAAAUAAAUGCUUCCCUAAAAAGAUCCUACCUUUGGCCACAUGUCAAUAAAUUAGAGCUUAAAACUAAUAUGCGGGUUUCGUCAUCUUCACGUGAAAACAGGCUAUUUCCAGAGAUGCUGCUAAAAGUCGGAAAUGGGGAGUUAACACAAAUUGAGGGAAGGAUUAACCUAGAAAACCUUUGUGUUUUGAUAGACAACAUCCAAGAGUUAGUCAACAAUGUCUAUCCUGACAUUGAUAACAUAAAUUAUAAGACAAUAACUUGGUUUAAAGAAAGGGCGAUUCUGUCACCAACUAACGAACAAGUAGAUAAGGUAAAUAACUUGAUUCUUUCAAAGAUUGAUGCGCCGACGAAAAUAUACUACUCUGUCGAUACUGUUCUCGAUUUGGAAGAAGCUGUUCAUUUUCCUACAGAAUUUCUAAACUCUUUGAACCCGUCUGGUCUCUCUCCUCACAAAAUGGUGUUAAAAGUAGGUUGUCCUGUUAUUUUAUUAAGAAACCUGAAUCCACCUAAACUUUGCAAUGGCACGCGUUUGCUGGUAAAAUCACUGAAAACUUUCAUAAUAGAGUGCACAAUACUCACAGGAUGUGGUACCGGAGAAGAUGUAUUGAUUCCCCGAAUCCCUCUGAUACCAUCGGAUUUACCCUUCCAAUUUAAACGUUUACAGUUUCCGGUAAAGACAGCUUUUGCAUUGACAAUUAAUAAAUCGCAGGGUCAAACCUUCAAUGUUGCAGGCUUAGAUUUGAGCGUUGACUGGUCCGCCGCGUCAACUAUUAAUUCCAACGGCAUCCCUGACACUUGGACUGGUAUAAGAUCAGCAUUAAUUAAUAAUUUUUCGGAUCAAAGAGAUGAAACGGCUUUGUACAAUGACCUCUCUUUAGCUACGCAGGGUAAUAAAUCCCCUCAGGAAUUUUAUGAUCAAUGUCAAACCUUGUUCAGCACUAUAAUGACAUACGUAACGUUACAUGAGAGCUUACAGACGACAAUUGAAGCUAAGCGGACACUUUAUAAAAAGGUUACAAUGCAGGCCUUCGUACGAGGUUUAAAAGAACCCCUAGGUUCACGUAUCCGUUGCAUGCGCCCGGAAACUAUUGAAAAGGCUUUAGAAUUCGUUCAAGAAGAACUAAAUCCCCAAGCUUUUAAGUUCAAUAGUCAACAAAAUCGUUUCCCUAGUCGAACCCAACAAAUGUUUCGCGCACCACCACCGAAUUACAACCCCCAAAGUAAUGUGUUUCGCUUACCACCCCGAUUAAAUCCACCACAAAAUUUUAAUGCGAAACCAAUGAGUGGAGUUCAACAUUAUACUCCUAAGCCUAUGAUAUCAGGUCAUGAUUGGCACCCGAAUGACUACUUCAACCCCUAUGAUUAUGCUGCCAACCCGACUUACUGUAACGAUAGUUAUGACAAUGAAAUAGUAAAUGAGUUAGAAUCUCAGCCAGGCCCUAGCGGUGAAUCCCAACCUCAGGAUUUUCAAGUAGACAAAAAAUCAAAAGAGCAAGGAUAG